GGAUCCACCUAGGUAAAAAGUAACAAAGAGACUGCACAUUCCUGAACAGGAGACCGUUCUACCUAUAUCUUGGAAAAACAGACUGCUUGUUCCUGGACAUUAGACAAAAGUACUGCAAUAAACUGACGAAAAGUCUAAAGAUAUAAAAAGUCAAUGAGACUGCUUUGCAGUGAUGGCACAAAGCUAAGAGACUGCUCUAGACAUACACGGUGACAACAAAGCCCGCAGCAGUUGAAUGAGAGACUGUUCCAGAGUGCUGCAGAAAAUCAUUCAAAAUAUUUAAGUCUGUGAAAGGAAAAAGUAAACAACAGCAAAGUCCCUAAGAGAAAUCUGCAGCAGAGACUUUAUAAAGCACCUGGGGCAAGUAGAACCUGCACGGGCAGCUUAAGUGUGAGUAACCGCUAAACACAGAAACACCAAAAUAAAUGCAUGUCUAAUAAAAGACAUUGAGAAAACAGAUUUCAAAAGAGACAGAGGAAAAGCAGUCCUUCCGCUGACCUGAGAGGAGGAGGAGGAGACAGCCUCACCCACACGCAGAGAGUCUUCAGAGGAGAGGCAAAGAGCACAGGGAGACCAGCACCUGCAAAAUGAUUCAGAGACAGCUGCAUAAAAUGAGACAGCUGGCCAACCAUGGCCCUGGCAGAUCUCAGGAUGUUACAGACAUACUAACAGAGGAUUUGCUGCUGGCAGAUCAGCAGGUGGAACCAGUAAAGAAGUUGGCUCACCUAGUUGGAAAACGCCUGGUCAGUUGUUUGCAGGCCCCACCAGGCUCUGAUAGGGAAAAGAAAUUGAAAAAGCUGGCUCUUUCAUCUCUUUCAUGGACUAUGGCAGAAUGUCUCAAGGAAAUUGAUACUGAAUCAAGGAUGAGGAGGACCUUGGAGAUGGGCUGCUGUGUAGAGGGAAUUCUGUCUCAAGACCUGGCAGAUUUUGAAAUAAGCCUGGAGAAAGACGUGUUACAGCCACUCACCAAACUGAGUGAGGAAGAUUUGCCAACAAUCCUGAAGCACAGAAAACAGCUCCAGAAACUGAUCACAGACUGGAACAGUGCCAAGAGCAGGCUGUCUCAGACCCAGAAGAAUAUGAAUGCAGGGCAAGGAGGGGGCAGCACAGGAACAGCAGCAAAACUGGAGAGUCUCAAGGAUGAGGAGGAUGAACUAAGGAGAAAACUAGAACAUAGCAAGGAUGAAUACAUUGCUGAUCUCUAUAACUACACCACCAAGGAGAAAGAGUGUGAGAGAUAUUUUCUUCAGCUACUGGAACUGCAGGCUGAAUAUCAUAGGAAGUCAUUGAGCCACCUGACAGAAGCCCUGGAGGAACUAAAAGACCUACAGAAAGAGACAGUCCAGGAUUCAAUAGAGCAGCCAUUUGCAGAGGUGUAUGGAGUCCCCCUGGAGACCCAUCUGGCCAGGUUUGAGUGUGAGAUUGCUGUGCCCAUAUCUGCCUGUGUAAGGAUGCUACUUACCCAAGGAAUGCAGGAAGAGGGUCUCUUCCGACUGACUGCUGGGGCCUCAAUACAGAAGAAGCUUAAGGCCUGUUUGGGAGCUGGAGCCAGUGACCUGAGCAACUUUAUGUCUGAGCCACAUGCAGUAGCAGGUGCUCUGAAAUCAUAUCUUAGAGAACUGCCUGAACCCCUUAUGACCUAUGAAUUGUUUGAUGACUGGAUGACUGCUGGCAGUACCAAAGACCCAGAGAAACGUCUGGAGUGUUAUCGAAACGUGUGCAAAAAACUUCCACCAGCCAACUACAACAACCUCAGGUACCUCAUUAAGUUUAUGGCAAAGCUGGCAGAGCACCAAGAGGUAAACAAGAUGACUCCCAGCAACAUUGCCAUUGUGCUUGGUCCCAAUCUUCUGUGGGCUAAAAGUGACGGAGAGACAUCCUUGUUGGACAUGGCCUCAGCUUCCCCUAUAAUGGUAGUGAGUGUGGUUGAAGGAUUGCUAAACUGUGCUGCAAACAUCUUUCCAGAAGAUGUCGAUUUUGGGGUUUCUGGUUCAUACCCCGAAACAUCCACUGUCUUGUCAGAGCAAGACUCAGGAAUUAAGAACCAGGAUUGGCCAAAAGCAGAAGAGACAGCACUUCUACCAUCCAAGGUGUCUGAAAACACAGAAAGUGUCUCUGAAAGUUUAAUAGAAUGGGAAGAGCCGAUAAAGCUGGACAAUCAAAAGGUUCUUCCUCCUAUAGACGAGAAUUAUUUCACAACCACAAAAGGGGAAGGAAGCCCCACCACUGUGCGUAAAGUAAAGAGACCGGCACCUCAACGUCCCAGUAUUCCUCCUCCAAUUCAACCUCAGACUAAUCCAAGCACAGAAACAGCAGAGAGUCACAACAGCCCAAAACCAACCCCCCGGAGAAGUAUGAGUGGUAGUCUCAAGGUCCCUAAUAAGCCUCCACCACAGCCACCUCAAAUAAGCAAAAGCGCAGUGGAAGGGGACAUUGAACCACUAACAAAGAGUCCGCCUCCAAGACCUCUUCCAAGGAAUCGAAUUCAGUCGGCAGAACACUGAAGCCUUUUUCUUACAGAUCUAGAAACUGCAAAGUCUAAUUUCACUUGAUGCCCAUUUAAUGUAUGUGCAACGAUGAUGAUACUGAUGUCUUUUGUGAAUGUAAAUGAAGUUAUAUGUUAUUUAACAGAGCUCUGAGGCCUUCAUUUUGGAUUUAGUUAAAUAUAGACUCCAUCCAUAAAUGAAUAAGUAAUCAGUCUCUCAACCCCUAUUUGCAUAUUCAGAUUGGAGCCCAAUCAGCAGAACUGCAUUCUCUGUGAACCAAAGUUUAACAGCAUCAGUUUUUAGUGUAGUGUUUCUUAAAAAAAUGUACCAAUGCCACCCAUAUUUUUUUUUGUUAAUAAAGCUUUGUAUCUCCUGUAUCAACCUAAAUAUACAUCGGCAGUAUACCCCCUUGUUCAACAAGAUUGCAAUGAAUCGGGCUCAUGCUGAACAUACUAUUGUUUAAAUUCUUUUAAAAAAUCUAUGUUUUUUGUUAUUUCCUGAGCUGAACAAGGUCAAGAAGUAACAAAAUCAUAUAUUCAUUUGAGCUCCUUUAUAGAACAAGUAAGCCUUUUCUUUUAAAAUCCUGAAAUUUACUCUAAACGGCCCCCAGAAUAUCAUACCUUUCUCCCUCCAUUUAGUUUUAUCCUGUUUCUCUAUCACAAGCAGUUCAACUGCAGAACCUUUAGCUACUUCCUUAUCUAGCAAGAAGCUCCAUCCCUUUUCUUUUCUGAGUUCUCCCUCCCUUUCUGUCUGUGGAGACAAAAAUAGGUAACUACUACACGUGCGCACUGCCUCUGCUACAAUGGAAAUCUGUAGACACCUCUUUCAGAGAGGGAAGAAGAGCUCAAAUAAGAGAGAGGAUCUUCAAGCCAGACAAGGAAGUAGCUAAAAGAGCUUCAGCUGAACUGUUUGUGAUAGAGAAAUGAAACAAGACUAAAAGGAGGGAGAAAGUUGUGUUAUUCUGCGAGCUCUUUAGUAAUUUUGGAGAGAGAAAAUUUACUCAUUAUUUAAAGGAACAGUAACCAAAAAAUGAAAGUUUUUUUCUUUAAAGUAAUAAAAAUAUAAUGUAAUUUUGCCCUGCACUGGUACAACUGGGGUGUUUGCUUCAGAAACUCUAUUAUAGUUUAUAUAAACAAGCUGCUGUGUAGCCAUGGGGGCAGCCAUUCAAAGCUGAAAAGGGAAAAAUGGCACAUGAUAUACAGCAGAUAACAGAUAAACUCUGUUGAAAAGUGUUGUUCCUGCGAUGUCAGGUCCUAAAAGUGCCACUGCUGCUUUAUAUUAAGAAGCUACAAACCGGUGCCAGUAAUACUUUGGUCAGAUCUAGAUUACAGCAUCAGACUGGGUCUCCUAGGUUCCACCAGAGAACCUCACAGUGUGGGCUUUAUAAUUUGGAAAUAUCUAGAUAUACAGUAGAUAGUGCUAAAUUAUAAGGACCUAAAGUGGAAAUAAGAAUGGGCUGAUGAGAGUUAUAUCUUAUGUUUGGGCCCAAUGGAAGAUGCUCUGGUACUCUGAUAAGCCAGUCUGUUGAAUACUGGGGAUUUAGUCAAACAGUACCUGGAUUUGCUGUAUUCUUAAAACAUAAUAUUAUCUAAUGCAAGAGGACCCAUAACUGCCAUAGUAAUGAAAUGCAGACUGUUUUUUAACAAUAUUGCUUGUUAAAUCCCACGGCCGUGCUUUAGUACAUAUUCCAGGGGUCAUAUUUUCUUCCAAUAGAUGGAAAUGUUAUCAUUUCAUGGUUGAUCCCUCCAGUAUCUUACUGCUUGAGUGUGAUGAGUCUUUGCUUGGCACUACUGUAAGGUGUAAGGUAAUGCUGGGCAGCCAUCUUGUCUAUGGGCAGCCAUCUUGUCUAUGGGCAGCCAUCUUGUCUAGGAGCAGCCAUCUUGUCUAGGAGCAGCUGUGACAUUGUCCCGGAAAAACGUUUGUAUUAUUUGCUUUUGUAAAACUGUUUUUAAAUGUACUUAAUCUGUAAGCAAGCAUGGGACUGGUGCCUGUGUCAAUACAAAGGCUUACAUGCUCUCUUGUGAACUUGACUAAGUAGCUUCCAUUAUGACACCAACCAGCACACUUUGAUUCUCACAGAAUGGCUUUUGUAAACUAUAUAUCACUCAACUAACUGUAUAGCAGGCAGAAUACAUAUAAGUGUCUAGAGUCUUUUCCAUUGACUAGGAGAUAGACGUUUUGAUUGGAGAUACUAACCUUUAAUAAGAUAGUGAUGGACUGUGCCAUGGAAUAUUUAAUGGGACACAGUUGUACAGUACAAUCAGGGGGAACAAACAUUGCUAUAAAUAUAUAACAAUAAAUAGCAUUUACUUUACAAAUACUGACUGUGGAAAUAUCCCCACUUAGUAGUGCACAUUCAGAAGUUACAUUGGGUUUUAUGUUGUUAAUGUUCCCAUAUUAAUUGUCCAGCAAUAAUUAAAUCUGUGUAAUCUAGAAUAUUUUUCUUUGUAGGCCUAAUGAGCUCAUUCUCUGCUCCCUGCAGGUCUGUUGAGCAGUGAAAGGGCAAGACAAAGGUGUGCAAAGUCUUGUUUGUAUCCUUUUUGAUAUUGUUAUAAGCAAUAAAACUAAUUUGGAUACAGAAA